GACUGCAGACACGGUACAGGGGAUGACCAGAGACUGCAGACACGGUACAGGGGAUGACCAGAGACUGCAGACACGUAGAAGAGAUGACCAGAGACUGCAAACACGGUACAGGGGAUGACCAGAGACUGCGGACACGGUAGAGGGGAUGACCAGAGACUGCGGACACGGUAGAGGGGAUGACCAGAGACUGCGGACACGGUAGAGGGGAUGGCCAGAGACUGCGGACACGGUACAGGGGAUGGCCAGAGACUGCGGACACGUACAGGGGAUGGCCAGAGACUGCGGACACGGUACAGGGGAUGGCCAGAGACUGCGGACACGGUACAGGGGAUGGCCAG